AUGCCCUCGCUGGACUCUCUCCCUGCAGAGCUCUUGCUCCGCAUCGUCGCAUUCCUCCCUGUGCAAACGCUACGCAGCCUCCGGCUCGCGUCGCGCGGCUGGGACGCAUUUUGUCGCGAGCACGAGUCGACGAUCUACCACCACGCCGCGCUGCUGCACAAUUUUGUCGAUUCGAUCAACACCGUUCUCUCGGAUGCGAAGAGCGCGCACCAGAGGUUGAAGUUUCUCCAGGAUGCGCCGAACUGGUACCAUUAUUGCCGGAUGUACUUCGAGCUGCAGCGAAACUGGCUCGGGGUGAGGGACGCGCGCACAAAGUUCUACGGCCGCCACCCGUACGACGUGCACCGGCUAAAGGUGGACGAAGAACAAGGUAUCCUGAUCACGACGCACGAGUUCGGCGGACUGACUGUCUUCGAUCUCGACACGACGGAGGUCCUAUGGAGACUCGACGCGUCGUACGUGCGCCGGCACGCACACUGCGAGUACGAGAACGGGUUCCUCAUCUUCGAUCGCCUCGGCGCCGCCAAAGAAGUCUGGCGACUCGCGUCUCUCUGGCCCGCCACCGAGUCUACGUCCACCCUCCCACGCGUUACCAGACCCACCGACUCCCAGCUCCAAGCCUCGGCCGCGGCGGCGCAUGCGUACGCUCCUGUUCCCGGCUUAGAUUCACCUCCCAAUGAGGUCCCCAAAGGCCACUUCCGCCCUUGGGCGCUGAUUGAAACGGCCGAAUUUGGGCGGGCGUACCGGUUUGUGUACCCGUGCUUGCUUGUAUGUGGCCUGCGGCGUGCGUUUGUGUGGAACGUCGUGACAACGAGGCUCGAGCGGGAGUUCGACAACGUUCAAGGCAACGCGGGCGAGGGCGACAUCAACUACGUCGAGCUCUCGGCGGACCACGUUUUCGUGUGCUCGACGUCGGCGUUGAGGAUUUUCGACAGGAGCAACGGGAAUAUGUUAUUGGAGAUCCCCAGCUACCAAUUUGUGUAUUCGGAUGUUAGAAUCGCGGUGCAGUUCGACCCUGCGGUUGCGAGACAGAAGGUCGCCGGUCCCGGAGAGGCGGUCAGGCUUCCCUGUGAGCCGACGGUGAGCAUGGCGUUGUAUACGGCGAGCUAUGCGGAGUUUUCGUCUGGUGAGUGCUCUCUGCGGUCCUAUUGGUGCGGCCACAGCGCAUCGUAUGGGCAGGACAUUCUUCACAUGCUGUUUGAGUUCGAGGGCUGCCAGCCGAGGGAUCGAACUCGGCUAACCCACCACUGCCUCACAGUGCACGUUGCGAACGACGGGAAGGACCUCGCUGCACAUCUCAGCGACAGCCGGGUCUUCGUCAUCCGCGACUUCAUGCGCGUCGUUCGCGGCGAGAUACCGCUACAGACUGCGGCGCUCGAAAGCGGAAAGACGAUCCCGCGCCUCGGCGGCACAGACGAACACUUCUCCAUAUACCUCGCCUCGGAUCAUGGUCGCCUGGGUCUUGUCACCACAUCUGGGGUGUACGCCGCGACGCUCGACCCCUUGAAGCACGGGCUGAUAGACGAGGACCUCGUGCUGACAGGCCGCAGACGCGUGCACGGUAUACCGCAGUCCGCGAUCGACGCGGGGAUCUCGUUCCCGUAUAUGACUUUCGUCUCCCUCCCGUUCUACCACGACCGGCGGCAACUGGCGAAGGUGACGUGCAUGCAAAUGACGGAGACGAAGCUGUUCUUCGUGUGGGAUGCAAUGUACAAGCCCGAUAACAUCGACUUCUUCAGGCGGCUUGGGAUGAUUGGCGGAAACACGCCGUCAGGCGACGAACACGAGCGUGAGGAUGACGAGGGGCUGCUCGCGGGCGCCAACAUAACUGUGGAUGCUGCGACGCAGGUAGAUGCGGGAUGGGAUGUGGAAGACGGGGUUGCGGAAGAGACUAAUCAGGUUGUCGUGGCUUCCGGGAGUGGGUCACAGGUUGAAGACAUUCUGACUGAGACCCCUGGCGCUGGACCUUUGGCUGUUACAUUGAAUGCUGCCGAUGAAGAUGAAGGAGUGGAGUACAUGGAUGCAGAGGAAGGGGAAGAGGUACAGGAAGAGCAGGGAGGACACUGGCAAGAGGACUCGGACGACAAUAGCGCUGGUAGCCACGGUGGGGUUGAUUCGGACUCGGAGUCGGAAGACGACUGGCCCAACGUACCACAUGGCGGGUACCGAGCGCACAAUCGCAUUGCGCGUGAUCAUCGCUUCGCUUCAAUAGGCCCCAUCGUAUUUUGUAUCGACUUCAGCCCAACGGGCUAG